AGCAGCGUGUGAGCGGCGCCGGACAGCGGUGGGCGGUGGGCUGAGCCUCCCGGGCACCGCGGGCUCGGGGGGCAGAGCGGGAGGCAGGAGAGGAUGCGGCGGGUCAGGGAUGCUGCGGCUGGGCACCCAUCUGCCUGAGGAGAGCAACAUCGUCCUCCGAGGGGAGGGAAGAAAGUGGGGGAAAGCGGCGGAGCUCGCACAGAGCCCGCUGAGCUCUGCCAAGGACUGCCCGACUGACACCCCAGCAAAGUUUCCUGAGCUCGGUACCAAGAAGGAAGGAGGGAUGUGAGAUCCUUCUCCCCGCAGAGCACUGCUGGGCUUCCAGCCCCCGUUCUAGCCCUGGCUUUGUCAUCCCCGACUGAAGGGUGAAGGUGAGACCUGGGUCAGCCACUCUGUCCAUCGCCUUCCCUGGCUCCACGCUCCAGCCCAGGAUUUCAAGGCAACAGAAGACUGGAUACGGCCUUCUCAACACAGCAUUCACCCUGUGAGCACUGAGGUGACCUCCAAGACUCUUCCCAGCAUGUUCAGUGAAAAGAGCAGCGCCUCUUUGUCCCAAAAGCCCACCCAGAAAAAGACCCGACCCCAGGGCCUCCCCUCCCCUGCUCUCUGCUGCGCCUGUGGACUCUGCAUCAUGCUUGCAGGGAUCAACAUCACCUUAGUGGGAGCAUUUGCCUUUGGGACCUUCCUCCCUGUGAACAACCCUCCCAUCAUCAUUGGACCCAUCUUGUUGGUGGUGGCUUUCACAUUCUUCGGUGCCUGCUGCAUCUGCAGCCGGAGGCCCCCGGCCCACGGGGCCCGGAAAUCCAAACCAGGUUCUAACAUUGGGCUCAUCAAACCUGGCAACACAGCCUUUGAAAUCGAAACCAGCGAGCACACGGUGCAGGACACCACUGCUGUCCAGCUGAGCCCCACAAAUUCCCCCAUCUCCUCCAAAAAGUCCACACCGGUUCACGAGAACGCCAAGGCGUGCAAACUCUUCACCAUGGAAGGCAACGGGCCAGUGGCCAAAUACAGCACAGGAGGAGAGGCCAUACAGCUCAACCUGCCCAGGGACAUGGCCACAUCCUAAACCCGGGCAAAGCUUUUGUCAGCAGCCAGCCAAACGCUGCAGUGGGUGGGCUGGAAAUGCACUAUCAGUCAGAGGUGUGGGGAAGGUGCUUGUGAAAAGCCAGCAGACAGUCAGGUCUCUCUGAACCGCUCUAAGGGAGGUGGAUGCAACAGCAGAAAAAAAAAUAACCCAGAUUUUUGCUGAGACAUGCCCAUUAUACAGUUUUAAAAAGAAAACUGGUAAUGAUGCUGCUGUGAAAAGAUGAUCUCAGUUCCUAGAAACACGCUGCCAUUUUUGGGGAGCAGAUAGGAAGAGGGGAAUGAAUUAAUUUGUCUGCUAUAAUGUGGAAAUGUGUCAGUUGGAAGGAGAGGCUACAUGGGACUGACAAAUGACAGCUCUUUCUUCUCACAAGUGAAGCAAUUCUUGGACAUAAAAGAAGCAGGAAUGCAGUAAAUUACAGCUUGCUGCCACUCAGUCACAAGAAGAUUUCAGCAUUUUUUGUGCCAGACUUUUUGGCAGUAGGGACAAAGCCAUGUCUUUGCUAUUGAAAAAGCAGUAAAGGAUUGCAAAGGAUUUGUGUUCUUCUCUGGGGGACUCUGGCUGGGAACACGGUGCUGGGUUGAUGGGCUUUGCUCUGACUCCUGUUCACAUGUGGGAUCUGGGACCAGUGUGGGGAAGGACAGCACUGCUAGGCAGGACUUGUGUGUGGGGAGGCAGCAGCAAGAGAGUGGAUUUUGAAUAGGAAUGGCUGCUCAAGUCCUCUGUUUAUGGUCACUCUGUAUUUGAAAAUGAGGUUUUUGGGACUUUGGAUGACAAGGAAAUCAUCUGGACCAUACCACAUCACUACAAUAGCCCAGCUAGCCCAGAAUCCAAUUUCUGACAAGGCUGAGAGCAAGGUCUGGAGAGGAACAUAAAGACAGGAUGCUGCUUGCCCAAAGCACUUUCCCAGCUUCCAAUGUGCUAUUGCUUAGGAGCUUCCUGAGCUGGAAGUGGUGUCUGUAUGUAGUAGCCCUGGAUGGAUUUCUUCUCCAUGAAACAAUCCAUUUGCUCCUUGACUGUCUGUCAGUUCUCAUCAUUUGUGAUCCUGCAGCAGGGUGUUGCACACUUUGGCUGAUUUUCAUCCUGCAUCCUACUACCUCCCUUUGAUGGCCCAAAUUUCCCAGGUUAGAAGGGUCAGCAAACAGUCCAUGCCCUCUCCACCGCUUGGGUUUUCUGAGCUGUUUUCCAUGUCAUGUUCCCCCCAGUCACCUCUUUCUUACACUACUUUACAUCUCUUGUUGCCAGAGGGAGAUAACACUUCCCACCUAGCCCAGCAUCAGCUGUUUGUUUGACUGAGGACAACACAGCCCUGAGGCUUUAUCCAUCAGAAAUCCGCGUAGAGAGAGGUGGGACGGCUGAAGGGAUAGUGCUGGAGGAGAGAGGGGGGUUGUGGCAUGGCCAAGGCUCCCCUGGGCCACCAGAUACCUCUGUGUGGGCAGGCUGUGAGAGCCACAGGGAUGCUGUGCUGUGAGCCAUGUGUGGCUGUGUGGGAGCUGGAGAGAAAAGCCAUGGUGCUGUACAGGAGGUGUCCUGGCUGCUCUGGGGGGACACUGGGCAGCUGAUGGUCCCUGCAUGAGCUUAGGGUGAGGUUGAAUUGAAAUAAUUCCUUGACAAGAGGUUAACCAAAGAGUGAGUUCUUGGGUCCUCCUACAGUUUGCUGUCUUCAACAGCUCCUUCUCCACCGAGGAAUUGCAUCUUGAUUUUAGCAGGGCUGGUCUAUACUGGUUAGGAGGAGAAGAGGCAGGUUUGGGAGAAGGGUGUUUGUGUAGCACUGGGUAGAUGGGGGUUCAAGUCUUUGGUGCAGCCUCCAGAUCCUGGGCAAGUCAUUGACUUGUGCUGAGAGAGGGCAAACAGCUGCUCCCAGCUCCACAGAAAGCUGCUUUAGGGAUGAGCAUUGCCAGGGAGCAGGGCUGGUGCUGGCACAGCUGAGAGAUUGCUCCGAGGUGGUUGGGUCUGUACAUCCUGAUCCCUCUGUGAUUUCCCUUGGAGCUCAUUUUCCUGGAGAGCUCUGCCCCCAGCACUGUCUGCCCUUUGGAAUGCAGGAACUGCUGUGCUGAGGAAAAGGCUCCCACGAGUCUUGCCUGCCCAUGAGUGCAGUAGCAAUUAAGCAGAACAGCUUGCUGAUGUAGGUUUGAUUCCCAGCUUGCUGGCCUCAGUAGCAAACAACAGCUUGGAAGUCUUUUAGAGGCAUUUCCCAUGUGAAUAUGGUUACUGCAAGACUUUUUUUUGAGCACUUGGAGCCAAAAAAUUAGUAAAAUCAAGUGAUAACCAUACAAUUCCUUUCUUUGUUCACUGAAGUCUUGAAAGCCAAGUCUGGAGAGCAUCCUGGAAUCACUCCUUAUCACAGAUGCCCUGUGAAAUGCUACCAGAGAUGGAUAAUACAAUGCCUGACCAAGAGAUGACAGCAGAGAUGGCAUCAGGGCAGGCAGAGAGGUAGGACCAGUGAGAUGCUGAUGCCCUGGAGUGGUGGGUGUGCCACCAAGCUGUGACCCCAGCUGCCUGCCCAGCAAGGUGACCAUGAACUUCCACUGCCCUCCUGCUCUUGCCUUUUUCUGUCUUUUGUAAUUUCCAUGUCUGUCUGUCUGUCUGUUCACCCCCCUGACCAGCUGUGCCUGAUGUUGUUGUGAAUCUCGUGCCUCCUUGUGUAGUGGAAGAUAAAGAGUUCCUGGUGCUCCAAGUCAGCAUUUCUGGUGUGAGUCUUUUUUUUUUUUUUUUUUUUAAUUGCUAUUUCCGU